AUGUAUUAUAGUUGAUUUCUUGUUUUGGAAAGCACGGACUGUCAAUGACACAGGUGAAAGUCCAUGCAGUUGUUAGCAAUGGAAUCGCUGAGCUGACCCUCUGAUGAAUCCAGAGAAGAAGACUGUCUUUCCCCAGUGAAAUCGUGUUUUCCCGCACGGUACGUUGUCCUAUGUCCCAGUGUUGUAGUGUCCUGUAAGCAAGAUGCGAGACUACGGAAAUCUUGACCUGGGAAACUCUAGUCUCUUUUGGGAUUUCAAAUUGAAGCGCCGACGGGUGAAGGAUCUCCUGUCGAGCGAUGGCGAGUCGGUCACCAGCGGAUACAGUCAGACCUCCUCCAAAGACCUCGAUUCCGACAUGGUCAAGCAGGACUUCGACAAAAAUGGGGAUUCGGACUAUUACCAUCGGUCAGUCAGCCCCGCCCCUUCCUGGCAAGACAACAACAUGGAGACACAGAGCUCAGUAUCUGCGGAAACGGCGUCUCCAAGCCCCAGGCUGCACAAGGACAAUGGUGACGAAGAGAAGAGGAAGUUUGAGCAGUUCACGAGGAAAGUGAAAGGCGAAACGCCGCCGACAGAGUCACCACACCCCGGUCUUCUUGGUUACACGUGCUUGGGGUUGCCGUCCGGAAUGGUCCUGGCCCAGACGGGCUAUCUCACCCCACCCCAGUACCUGACUCAGAACAGAGGCAUGGGGGGCAUGCCCAUGAUUGCUGUCAUGCCCAAUAUGGUCACCCAGGGGCAGACAUGCUAUGGAAUUGACCCCAAUGGCCUCCCUCAUUUCAGCGGGAAUACCGAGCCAGGACUGAUCCCUCUGGGCAUGCACGGACUUUCGUACGGCAAUCAUUGCCUGCAGCAGUUGGGGCAUCCGGAGAUGAAGCACAGCUCCGCGGACAGUGGGUAUGGGAGCCCCAGGCCUAAGAAACAUGGCCUGACACACUGCUUAGACCCCUUGGGGCGUCCAGUGGUCGUGGAGCGCAGGGCAAUGAGCGAACGCUGCGUGUCCCCAGUCACGAGUACUUCCAGCAUGGGGUCUCUGUACAGCUACCAGUCCGAGAAAAGUCUGGGGCAAGACGACAACAAAUCUGCGGGCUCUUUCUCCUCCAAGAGCAAAGUGGAACGCGAUGAAAAGUUCAUAAAUCACUACACGGAUGGGACGUUCACGGUGCGCUCUGGCUUCGCUGCACCAACACUGGCGUCUGCAUUGAGCCAGCUGAAUCGCAGGAACGGCGAAAAGGACUCGUCUUCAUCGGGAAAACUGAACUCGGCAAUGUCGGAAUCGGACUCUGAAACCGAUGAGCCGAUGAUAUGUGCUAUAUGCCUGGACAAAGCUACAGGGCUACACUAUGGAAUUAUAACCUGUGAAGGGUGUAAGGGUUUUUUCAAACGGACAGUUCAGAACAAGCGCGUUUACACAUGCGUGGGAAAUGGUCAGUGUGAAAUUAACAAGGCCCAGAGGAAUCGCUGUCAGUACUGCAGAUUUAAGAAGUGUCUUCAGAUGGGAAUGGUUCUGGCAGCUGUACGUGAAGAUAGAAUGCCAGGUGGAAGGAACUCUGGGGCAGUGUACAACCUUUACAAGGUGAAGUACAAGAAACACAAACGAAAGAAUCAGGGUGCAAAGAUUUACAAGCAGAAGGUUGCUCAGAUUCGAAUGGGCCACGGAUUGAAUGUUCAGACCAAUGUAAUCACAGACUCCCCCAAGGCUUACCUUAACAUGUGUGCAGGCGAGGAUCCACCCUUUUCUGGGGCGUUCUCAGUACCUAAAACACUCCCUGGUAUGCAGCAGAACUUUUCUUGUCUGCAGUCAAAAGUUGGCGAGUGGUCACCCGUGCGACGCAGUUCUCCAAGCUCUUCAGGAAGCAGAACGUCUCCUGUUCCGUCAGAGGCUCCGCAUGAAGUCGCACCGUCCCUGCCAAACUGGGAGAGGGACUAUUUUGUGCGGACUCUGAUGCAAUGCGACUCGCUCUUAGACAUCGCAGUGAUUUACAACAUUGAUAGAUUGACCAACAACAGUCAGGCAUCUGUCUCGCAAAUGCUGUAUGAAAUCGGCGACGAUAUUGUCAGUCGAUUGGUGACUUGGACCCAACAGCUGCCAUUUUACUCAGAAAUUCCAGUGGAGGCGCAUUCAAAGUUAUUGACGAGUAAGUGGCAUGAGUUGCUGUUGUUGAUCAUGACUGCGUAUAAGCCAGUGUGUGCCGGCGAGGAUUCGACGCAGCUGGACUCUCUCGAUAUCAUGGUUCAGAAGAACAUCAUGAAACUUCAGCACUAUCUCAAAUCCGUGUUCAACAAGAACUACUCGUCUGAGCAGAUGGACGAGGGGAUGCUGAGCCUGAUGGAAAGGGUGACUCGCAUUACUGCAGACUUCACCCAGAUGGCACUAUCAAAGGAGGAGCUAGUCUGUCUACAAGUCAUCUUACUCUUGGACAACACUGACUUUUCCCUCGGAAAGAAGAUCGAAGACGUCCAGGAGCGUUACACUUCCGCUCUUCACGGUCUAAUCCAAUCAAAAUUCCCCAAUCAACCGAACAGGUUCAAAGAGCUUCUGGAGAAAGUUCCAGAGAUUCAGAUGUCAUCAAAAUUAUUGCUCAAAAGCAAAAUGAUCUUUAUCCCUUUUCUACUUAAUCCUUGAGAUUAAGGGAUUAUAAUCAGCUUGUUUGCUUCCAUUUAAGAAUUUGUAAGAAUUUCCAGUAGCAUUCAGCUUGUAAUUUGUGAGCAGCUGAUCGAUUGAUAGCUUUUUUUUUAUUUUUAUUUUUUUUUAAACUCUAGUGCUUUGAAACACAAAGUGCUAUAGCUCGUCUGCCAUUGACUGCAUUCCACCUUGAUCUCCCAGGGCAACAAAGUGACAAGAACAAAAAAUGCCUUCAUCUCAUCUACUGAGAACACAUUCCUGUGUCACCACUGUACUCGAGGGACAUGAUUGGAGAAAACUGCUCAAGUUCAUCAAUCAGUGAGAAUACCCAUUUGAUGAUCACCUUCAGUACAAGUGAUUUGAUUGGACUAAAACUCAUGAAGCUCCAGCCAAUGAGAGGACAGACUUUUAUUGACUGAAAACAGCGGUUGUGAUUUCCUAGUCGUGUACAGUUACAUGUAUUUUAUAUGUUGUUGAUCUGUUGAUUUUCUUGAAGAGAAAGAAAAAAGUAUUUAUUGAAAAUUUAAGGAAGAGAGAAUAGUGGUUGGUUAUGAUAGAUGUCCAGUUGUAGAUAUUUUUUAUUGAGCAAGACUUGAUCUGUGCAGAUCAGAUUGUUCUUAUAAUAUGCUGAUAUAGCCAUUGUGUGAUGUUUUUUAGACGCUCUUUGGCUUCAUUUCAGUUUUUUGACGGAUGUCAAUAUCAUUUUAGUCAACAGAAUCUCCAGUGGCAAGAAAAAAAUGUAGGCUAAUGCCGGGCAUUUUUCUGCACUCUUCUUGUUGCAGGCUUUGGUACAUCACCAAUGGCAAUCAAGGCUUGUGAA